GCGACCGCAGCGGCGAUUUUCAAAUUCCAGAUCUCGCCGGCGAAGUAGGGCGGCCGCCGCCGACCGGCGCGGCGUGCGGGACGGCGUCGGCUCCUGGGCGUCUCUCGGCGGGAGGCUGGGGCAAGUUCUGGGCGAAGGGCGGCCCCCUUGCGGCGGAGGAGCGGGACGCGGGGAUGGACUCGGCUUCGGGGUCCGAGGAGGAGCCUUCCUCGGACGGCGCGCCUCCUCGUCGACCCUCUGCCCGGGCAACCUUGGGUGGCUUCCUGGAGCGGGCUCUCGACGGCGUGGGCGGCGCUGGCCGUCGGGGUCAACGGCGGCGGCGGGCGGCUUUUGCGCCUGGUGGUAGGCGUUCACGAUUUGGGAAUCGUGAGCCCCUCCCGCGGGAGCGGGGCGCCUCGCGCGGGGCUGGUGCACGGAGAUGCGGCGGCGCGCUCCAGGCCUGGGGAUCCACUCCGAGCGCUGAGGUCGUCCGGCCCCCGACGCCGGACGGCGGGGAGAAGGGUGCGACGCGGCGGGGGUCGCCGGAGGCACCGACGUCCCCAGCCUCUGGUUCUCGCUCGUGGGCCCCGGCCUCGGAAGGUGCUGGUCCUGGGCCUUGGUGUGCUCCUGGGCCGGAUGGGCUGGACCAGCCUUUUCUUCUGUUGGGCCCGCCCCUUGGCGGUGGGGACAGAGAAGGAGGGGCUUCUUCCUCUGUUGGGCUGCGGGCGGCCUCGGUGGAACUGGCGGACCUGGCCCAAGCCCAGCUCCGACGCUGGCUCUGGAUCCCUAAAGGAUGCAGAGACCCCGAUCUAGGGUUCCCUGCGAGACCUGAAGAGCGAGUGCGGCGCGGCACCACUCUCCCCUUCCGCACUCUUGUCCGAAUUCCAGCUCCUUCCCCUCUCACUCGAUCCUUUGCGGAGGUGGUGGCGAUGGCGGGCGGGGGCAACGGAGGAGGUGGCGGCAGCGGAGGCUACGGUGGUGCGGGCGGCGAUGGCCGGAAGAGGCGCUUCGACGAUCACGGCGGCGGGGACUCCCGCUCCGACAACCAGGGCCGUGGUUCCGGUGGCAACGGCGGGCGGCACGGCAACAGCUACUCGGGCGGCGCCAACGACGGCUACGGGGGCGGCCGCUCUGACGGUGGCGGGCGCUCCGAGGGUGGAGGGCGCGCGGAUGGCGGCGGCCGCGCCGACUUCUACGGUGGGCGCGAUGACGGUGGCGGGCGCCUCGACAACGACGGCUAUGGCAGGGGCCGGCAAGGUCAGGGGGGCGGCCGCUACUAUGACGGCAACGGGCAGGAGGGCCCCUACAACAACAACAAUGGCCGCUGGGAGGGCGGCCGGCAAGGUGAGGACCGGCGGGGCCUGCAGCAGGAGGGGCAGCGGGGCCGCGGGCAGCAGGGGCCGGCGCGUGGCGGCGGUGCCCAACACGGCAAGCCCAAGGGUGGUGUGCAGGGAGCACCCCCCCAGCCGAAGGCCAAGGGAAAGGCCAAGGCUGCCGGCGGGUCGGCGACAGUCGCGGUUGGCGGCGAAUGCUUUCGCUGUGGGCAGGAGGGCCAUUUCCAGGCGGACUGCGUCAAUGACCCGGUCUGCAUCCUCUGCAGCAAGACCGGCCAUGUCUCGGCGGGCUGUCCCACGCGUGGUCGGCCGAUGCUGCUGCAGUCCUAUGGUCACGCCAUCACGGGUGGUGGUUUCUUCAACAUUGAGGUGGAGCCGCUCCAAGCUCCGGCGGAGGACGUGCAGUUUGAGGCGGUGAUCCAUUUCACCUCCGCACCUCUCACGGCGCUGCAGCUGUCGGACGAGCUCAAGAGCCUCCUCGACGACCUUUGGGACUGGCAGGUGACGAAGGUGUCUGAUUUGGAGUUCUGCGUCAGGUUUCCGUCGAGGGAGACACUACGGAUGAGCACCAGGCGCGGCAAGAUUUACCUGCCUCUGAGCAAGUGCGAUGUGGACAUCCGUGAGGCGUUCGUGUCCCCCCGACCGGGUCCGUCCUUCCCAUCUGUUUGGGUACAGAUCACUGGACUGCCUGGGAGCCUGAUGGUCAAGGACCGACUCAUGGCGGCAAUGACGAUGGUCGGGCGUCCGAUGGAGGUGGAUGAGCUGUCCAUCAAGAAGUGGAAGACGGAGCCCGUGAGGAUGCGAUUCCAGUGCAGGUACCCGGAGAGGGUGAAGGGGACUGUGCAGCUUUGUGUCAAUGGCGAGCCGUUUACGGUGGGAAUACAUGCGGAGCUGGGGGCGAGGGGUGCGGGUGGCUCGGGUGGCCCACCCCGCCCGCCGGCUCCGAGAGACGACGACGACGGGGAUGAUCUGGAGUCCGAGGAGAGGAGCACUGAUGGUGAGGCAUGGAACAGGCACCGCAGGCGCGGAAAUGACAAGGACAAGGAGAAGGCCAAGGGCACCGACAAGCAAGGUGGUGGCCCGGGUUCUGCCCAGCUGGCCGGGUUUGGGGGCUCGAGGAGUGCUCCACAGCUGGGGAGGGUGGCGGAUCAAUAUGGAUCCAACAUCAAGACCUUCCCAAGGUUGGCCGGCUUGGGACGCUUUGCCAUCCUUGCGGAGGUGGAGGACGUGGUUGACGUGGACGGCCCGGGGAAGGAGGGUGGAGGGCUGCCCCCUACCCAGCCGGACAUGGUCCUGGAGGAGGGGUCGCUGGCCUCCGGGGAGACGGUGUCCCAGGUCACGGACACGGUCGGUCCUGGGCUGGGGAGCAGCCCCUCGCUUCUGCCGGCGAGCCCGACCUGGACUUCCUCGGUGAUGGAGGUGGACACGCCGGCUGCCACGGCUGUGGAGACAGGAGCGGCGGCGGGGCAGGGCUCGGGGCCUGCGCUCGACCUACAUGGCGAGGUGACGGCGGCGGUCUCCCUGGUGCAGGGCAAGCGGACCAAGGUGGUACCGGUCUCGGUGAAGGGGCCGGUCAAGGCGACCAAGAAGGCGGCGGUGCCGCCGACGCCGGUGCGGAAGAGCUCGAGGACGGCGGGCGCAGCGGCGAUCUCCAUGAUGAAGAAGGCGCAGAACAUGACGGCGACGAAGAACCUGGAGCUUCCGCCGGUGACAGUCCUGGAGGGUUCUGGUCAGACAGAGGGACCGGGCGAUGCUGGACGCGGCGGUGGACGACGUCAGGAGGCUCUACGCGCGACUACGGGCUGAGUAGCGGAGGACCCAGGCGGCGACUUGACCAAGAUCUUGCUUCAGCUUCUAUCUACUUUGGUUGAGCCCGCUGAGCUGUGCCGUUCGGCUUUGUAUCGUGUGGGUUGUUUGCCUUCUAGACCUGGGAGGGUCGUACUUGUGACGCCUUGGGCGUGUGGGCGUGUGUGCGUGUAUGGUCUGUAUAACUUUAACUUGCAUGUACCGUUGCCAGGAGGGCUUUAUUUAUAAAGCCGGGCCGUGAGGCCUUCUGUUUAAAA